GCGAUACAUAGACGCUCCCAAUGCUUUCUGAGGACUUCCUUGCGUCGACGCUGACGUCCUCGAAGAUUCCAGCAUCCGCGACUCUGCGGGAUCUCGGAAUCUGCGUCUACGGGUUGCACCCUUCGCCGGCCCUCCGCUCGGGCUUCAAGAAAAGCUCAACGCCGACGAGCUGCCUGGCUGUGAGCGCGUCACAUGUCUUUGCGGCGCAAGCAGAGAAAGCAAUUGUCCAUGUCUAUAGUAGAGAGAGGGGAAACCAGGAAGCGACGGUUCCCUUCCCAGAGCGGAUACGCAGUAUAGCCCUUGCGGGAGGCCAGAAUGGCGACAUCCUGGUCCUGGGAACGGAGGGUGGACGGUUGAUCUUAUGGGAGACGUCUACCGGCCGCCGUAUAUCUACUGCAUCUUUGCAUCUACAACCAGUCACCUCUCUCGUCGUUGAUCCUUCCUCCAACUUUGUUAUCUCAGGCUCAUCAGAUGCCAAUAUCCAUGUAUGGUCUCUGGUAGGACUCCUCUCCUUCACCGAGCUCGCCUCUAGCCAUAUUCCACAACAGCAGAAGGCAUCUAUUCGCAUGCUUUCGAGCCAUCGCGCCGCAAUAACCUCUCUCGCAGUGGGCCAUAGUGCUGGCCGGUAUAACAUCGUUGUUUCUACUUCCGAGGAUAAUACAUGUAUUGUGUGGGAUUAUCACACGGGGAGAGUUUUGCGAACGUUCCUUUUGCCCUUUGCGCCGCUAUGCGUGGCUCUUGACCCGGCUGAUCGCGCGGCCUAUGUGGGUUACGAGGAUGGGAGCGUUCAGAAGAUCGACUUUUACAGUACCAAGUUGACACAGCACCCGCUUUACGACACUUCAUUACAAUCUACCCCGUCGCAGUUGUCAGCAGAAGAUCGAUGGAAGCCCCCUUCAGCGGAUUUGGGUGCAGCUGAUGUUAUCUCGGUUUCGUACGACGGUACAACUUUCCUGUCUGGGCAUAGAAACGGGAAGGUUCUGGCGUGGAAUAUUGCUAGGGGGAAGUAUGCUUCGACAGUGGCGGACUAUACCCACCCCGUCACGAACCUGGUGAUGCUACGACCAAAUGGUCUACCCCACAAGUCUCUUGAUUUAAAGAGGAUCAUGCGUACCGUAGUCAAGCCUCGCGUUGAUCAUUCUUUCACCGACCUGUCUGAUUCUGCAGGUGCUGCGCCUGCGGAGUAUGUGGUCCAUACUCAUCUAGUCGAUCAAGCACCAUCUCGAUCCAUCGUCAAAGACGGCGGGAAAUCAGACCAGUUUUCACAAGCCUUGACUCAUGCAUCUUUCCCUGUCUCGACUAUUGAAGAAGGUCUCGCAGAAUUGGCUGCCUUGCGCCAGCCCGAUGCCAACGGAGUUCAGACACCUUCAAACCAAGGGGGACAGACUCUCGAGAAAACAGCAGCAGCAGCAAGAGUCGAUCGCGCCAAGAUGGAAUCACUUGAAUCUGAAGUCAAAAAUCUUAAGCAGUUGCUAGCCAUCAAUGAAACUGCCCGCCGGACAUCUUUAGAAGAAAUUGUCGGACUCCGGUCUUUUGUUAGCAGGCUUCAAGACGGUCUUAUUGAAGCGUACAUGAAAGAGGAAGAGGUGCAGUUUGAUAGAGUCUUGCGACAGGCGAGGAAAGAAGAAAGCGAGACGAGGAAACGGGAGGCGUGGUUCGAGGCUGAAAAGAAGGGGCAGAAAGGCGAUGCAAUUCUGAAAGAGAUGGCCACUGAGGACGACGCCAUCGCAAGCGAUACUGAUGAUCAGAGUAGUGAUGGGAAUUAA